AUGGCAAAGCCGAUAAUAAUAGCUAGGGCUAAAAACAAUGGGAAUUCUGUAUUCUCGCCGUUGUCCCUCCAUAUUGCAUUGGGGAUGAUUGCAGCUGGUUCCGAAGGCUCAACUCAAGAUCGGCUUCUCUCUUUCCUCAAGCUCAAGUCCAUGGAUGAGUUGCAUUCUCGAUGUUCUAUGUUUGUCACUUCUCUAUACUUGCCGACGGCAGUCUUUCCGGCGGCCCGAUGGUAUCAUCGGCUAAUGGAGUUUGGAUUGAUGGUUCUACAAAGUUUGAUCUUGGUUACAAGAAUGUCCUUGCCCUUUUUUAUAAAGCUCACUCCAAUGAAGUUGAUUUCCGUAACAAGCAAUAAAGACCAACAUAUAAGUGCCUUUAGUAGUGAUUUCAAAGUGUUACGCCUUCCUUACAAACACGGCGACGACAUGAACCGGCGUUUUUUCAUGUCCUUAUAUCUCCCAAAUGCCAAGAACGGACUUCCAGAUUUCGUGAAAAAGUUAUGUUCGGAACCCGGAUUUGCAAAGAGUUUUUUACCCGUUGAAGAAGUUGAAGUUGAUCAGUUCCUGAUUCCAAAGUUCAAUAUUUCAUACGGGUUUGAAACUUCAAAGAUUCAACGUGAUUCAGGCACGGUUUUCCCUUCGACUGGAGGUGUCAAUAUUUUUCAGAAAUCUUACAUUGCUAUUUGUGAACAAGGAUCAGAAGCUGAAUCCUUCAUUGAUGUUAACAAAGACGGAAAAGAAGCUGUUGCGGGAACUCUUGAUUCAUCGGUUACUUGGUCAAAAAAUCGUAAGACGAAGAAGAGAAUAAACUUUGUUGCUGAUCAUCCAUUCUUUUUUCUCAUAACAGAAGAUAAGAGCGGGGCAGCACUUUUCAUGGGUAGCGUGGUUAAGCUUGAUCCUGUUGCCUCUCAACCAUGCUGUACGUUGUAGGAUUAUUUGGAACUUUAUGUUUCAUAGUAAUCUAGUUGUUGAGGAAUUGAAUAAACUAUUCGAUUUGAAAUUUGGAAUUUGCUUGUAUUAAUACCCACAGCAAACAGAACGAUCAUUUUAGGAAGGCGGCCUUCAAUGGCCCUAUCUAGUCUCUGGCCUAUAAAUAUUGUUGGGUCAAAGAAUCUCACAUUCCGG